CUUAGGAUCAAGACCUGGGGUGGUUCAGAUCCAAGCAAAGUUGUGGACGUUAAGUUUGAAAAUAUCAUCAUGCAAAGUGUUAAGAACCCAAUCAUCAUUGAUCAAAACUACGGUUCAAGAGGCGGCGAUUCACGAGUUGAGAUAACAGAUGUGUUGUUCAAGAACGUAAGAGGAACAACAAUUACACAUGAUAUUGUUCAGAUAAUGUGUAGCAAAUCAGUGCCAUGCAAAGGAGUCAACGUUGUUGAUGUGAACUUGGCCUACGUAGGCAAGCCAGGAGGAGAGAAAAAAUCGUCUGCAGGCGGUUUAGUCGGAGCUUUUUGCGACAACGCCAAUGUUAUCUUCGGUGGAAAACUUAGCUUUCCUAUGUGUCCCAAAUAAGUUUUUUGAUAUAAAAAAAAAUUAUUAAUUAAAAAAAAAAACUCAAAAGUUUCCACAAACAUUAUUUUGUUUUGUUUGUGAGUUACGUUAGUUCGGGAAUUUAUCAACAAAAAUUAAUCAUCGGACGUUUGAUAAUGUUUUCCCUGAUUUGUUUUUGUUUUUUAAGUUUCUUGGAUUGUAUAAUUAUAAACAGAUCCUUCAGCUGGGUUGGUUGCUAAAGCGUUUUACUCGUUAGGAAUUUGGCCAAUGAGAAUUAGUGUAUACAUC